UAGGUAGUUGUCUUCAGUAAACUGGAUACUAAUCUUCUGUGUGCGUUCGUGUUUUAUCUUUGUCCAAAAAGGCUUGAGGAAGCAUUACAAGCUGCAGUGCAUGUCUAGCCGGAGGCACAAGGGUUCCCGGAUUACUCCAGUUCAAACUCGUAAAUCUACAGCGCGUACCAGAAGAUUUGAACAAUGAUUGUUUUGCUAGUUUGUCGACGUGCGUUUCCUCAGGCGGUUCUCGUGGAAUCGUGAGCAUGCAGCACACAUCUGCCAGUUGAGAGAGUUAUAAAAUUAAUAUAAUGGAGCCAAGGAAUAUAGUCGUACUCUCCCUGGUGCCGCUCCUGCUGUCGGCGGUGGCGCGCGUGGCAUGCGAAAGUUUGUACGCAGCCAAUGGCGAUGUGUUGGAGCUGCGUGGCGAGGCUGAGUUCUCCAGUGCGCUGUAUAGGAGCAGCUCGGUGUGGCUGGUGGAGUUCUACGCAAGCACGUGCGGACACUGUCGUCAGUAUGCUCCCAUAUACUCAGCACACGCCACUGACGUCAAAGCCUGGACACCUGUGGCUAAAGUGGCGUCGGUGAAUUGUGCUGACGACAGCAACCUAGGCCUCUGCUCCGCUCAUAAGAUCUCCUCCGUGCCGGAUAUCAGGUUGUUCCCUAUCCACCAGGGCAACACGACAUCGGAUGGUCGGCUCUUCACCGGUAUCCCCCUUCAUGGCGAUGGCUCAAAGUCAGAAUCGGCCGAUAAGUCGUCUUACCUACGUCAGCGAAUGAUUGAUGUAAUCAAAGAUCAGGCUGUGAAACCAUCCACAUGGCCCAGUUUGCAGUUCGAUGGGAAACAUCCAGCUGAGCUCACGUUCGACAAGGCGUCCAAGUUUGGCAUCGUCUUCCAAGAGAGCAAGUCCUACUUGGGUGCUGAGUUGUCACUGGAUUUGCUCGUUUGUCCGUCGGUCAAGGUUCACAUCGUCACUGAUGAUGAGACAAUCGGACGACACAACGUACGCACUCUACCCUCCCUACUUGCCUGGAAUGGCGAACAGAAGAACUUGCUGUCGGAUUGCAGCAGAGACGGUGCGCGCGACCUGCUGCUGUCGCUGUGUGGACGCGUUCACCACGCGGCGGAGUACGGCACCGUGGGUGCCGAUGAACCAGCAGCCGCAGCAGCAGUGGUGGCUCAGUCUGUACAGUCCAAGGCAGCGCCAGGUAUCUACAUGACGGACAUUGUCAGCGCUCUGGCGUCCAUCAUCCACCACGAGGUGCCUCUUCACUCCGUCAUUCAUGGCUCGUCGCUCGAAGCUCUCUCGCAGUUUCUUCAAACUGUACAUUAUUGUCUGCCACUGCCAACGGAGGUGCGACAGUUUGUCGUCAACCUGCUACGUCAGCUGAAGUUGCAGAAGCACUCGCGGACGCUGUCCUCCGUGACCUGGGCGCGCAUGAAGGCCAUGCAGAGCCCAUCUGCUAGUCUUCCUCACAAGAUACGUUGGGUGGGGUGUGCGGGCAGUGUCCCUGGCAAGCGUGGUUUUCCUUGUGGUCUGUGGACCCUGUUUCACACGAUGACAUCGCAUUGUUCUUUGCUUGCCGAUGGUGAACUGCUACAAGGUAUCAGUACGGACAAUCAUGUCCUGAUGCGGCGUCGUGUUGCAGGAGUGGACGGCCGCUUUGCUGUUCUUGCCAUCCGUGACUACAUUGAGCAUUUCUUCAGCUGUGGCGACUGCCGGGCGCAUUUCCUGGAGAUGUCGCAGAACAUUAAACACGAGGUGCGAAGCAAUCACGAGGCUGUCAUGUGGCUCUGGAGUGCACACAACAAAGUAAAUCAGCGUCUUGCUAAGGAUACGACCGUCGACCCAGCGUAUCCCAAGGCCCAGUUCCCGUCGGAAGGUCUUUGCAGUGAGUGUCGCAAGUCAUCACUUUUCCGCGACGCUGCGUCCCAUGAUGCUGCUGUGCUCUGGGAAGAGUCGUCUGUUCUGACUUUCUUAUUCCACUUCUACGGGCCCACCGGUGUUCACUGGUCUGAUAAUGGCCAGAGCUGGGCCGAACCGAAGGCAACCUCACCAGUCAGCUGACCACAGCGCCGUCUUCCACCAUCCGGACACCGUACCCAAUUUUGUCUACUACGUCCUGUUCUGCAUGGCUACCUGGCUGCUGGUGAUGGCCUACGUGCGACGUCACCAGCUGCCAUGGAGACGACCAAUGGCAUUCAAGUCCAAGCAACACAUGGUCUGAGAUUGUGUGACGCCUAGCGAGCGUGAGAGCUGCAGUGGAUGUCAUCCCUAGGGGGUACUCGUGGCACUGCGGUACACUGCUAUAGUGUCGCCUGCUCGGCACUCAACUGUGCACAAAUCAAGGAGGACAAAACGUGCAUAUCUUGAUGGACAGGACACACAUUGGCAUCUAUUUGUGGACAGAACCGCAUGUACAUCUCUUCGUGGACAAGCCACACAUGACAUGUAUCUCUUGGUGAACAGUACGUAUGUACAUCUCUUUGUGGACAGUACACGCAUGGGCAUCUCUUGGUGAACAGUACACAUGUACAUCUCUUGGUGGACAAGACCCGCCUGUGCAUCUCUUUCACGACUCUUCGUGGACAGUAGACACAUAUGUGCAUCUCUUGGUGGCGUGUGGGCAGAUGCCAGUAGCCAUGCGUUCGCUUUGCCAGGCAUAUUCUGCCAGCAUGGUGAGUAGCUGAGUUUGAAGGUGCUGGGUUGAUGUCGCCGAUACGGCUAUGCCGAGACCUGCGGUCAGUGUUUGAAUCGAGGACUUUAUUUUCUGAUAUUUCUAUUUAACAUCGGGCGGCAAUUGUUUCUGAACGACUCUGCCGUGGCAGCUCGUCCAUGCAUGCCACCAGAGGAUAGUUAACAAGAUGGACAGCUGCCGCCACCACCGCCGUGGACCACAUUGCUCUACUGCAAAGCUUUAUUUGUGAAAACCGCAAAUUGUAAUACAGAACUCCCGAAAACCAAGCGGUACGUUGCUCUGCUUACCUUGCUGCUGUGUCCCCGCCUGCGACUGCGCGGCGAGGCCGUGUGCUGGCCGGUGGUCCGCCUUCCUGCGUGUGCGGCUCCUCUUCAGUGCUGGAGGAUCAAAUCGGUGGUGGUACUUGCACAUGCUCUUCGCCGUUCACUCAGAUUGUGUGUAGGCUAUUGUGAGCUACCCCUUUCCAUUCCCUCGAUUGAUGAAUAAUAUUUUUUUACUAUCUUUCUUAUCCCGACGUGCGCAGAUUUUAUCCUAUUCGGCUGUUUCUCUUUAUUAAAUUAUACGCUAUCGGGUUGGACGCUUCACGCGCGUACCUCCCACGCUUCAAUGUGUGGCAGUUAGACCGAAAUUCCAUUGAUUCAAAUUCUAGACUUGCUACGACUUGUAGCUUGUGUAUAGGCAGAGACAGAGAUCUUAGUCCGACAAUGAGCCCCGGCAUGCUCCCGUCUUCAUCCUAACAGACUUUUAAAAAAUACUUCGAAGUACUGUAAUUUUAUUUUCGGUGUACUUUUAUUUUCGGCACUUUCGGUGCGUCUGUUUCAUACCUACAAUUUCAAUACACCGAACAAUCACUAACACACUUAAUCCAAUAGGGAACUGCUUUUCUGUACCGAAAAUUUCUGUUCACCUAACCUGGCCUUUUGCCCUCAUACCGAAAAUAUUGAGAACCUAAAAUUUCUGAAAUUAGAGUAACCAGCAGUA